AUGAUUUCUGAUUCGAUCACCGACGCAUCUGCUACUGCAGCUUUAAGCGCGAGGGAUUUCGGAAAAAAGAAAAAGACGAAUAGGGCGACGAAAUUGAAACAGAGCAAGCUAGGCCUUCGCCGUGAGCAAUGGCUUUCUCAAGUUGCGAUGAUUAGCAAAUGGGAUAAAGAGUCGCUUUCGAAUAGCCCCAACAGUGUCCUAAGUGAUAUCAAUUCAGUCCCUGAUUGUAGUAGCAGCAGCAGUAGUAGUGGGAGUGGUGGUUCUUGCUCUGGUAGUAUAACAGACGAAGAGGACAAUGACGGUGGUUUGGAUGACUGGGAGGCUUUUGCUGAUGCUUUAGCAGCUGAUGAUGAAAAUCAUGAGAAAGAGUAUCCUCCUCCUGAGUCCUGUGAAGAGCAUGAGAGUGUCAAGCAGUCAGAUAAGCAGAAGAGCAACCAGGCGUGGAGGCCGGAUGAUAAGCUCCGUCCUCAGGGUCUGCCUAAUUUGGAGAAGCACUGUAGUUUUCCGGUUAUGAACUUGCAUUUUAGUUCUGUGGCUGUGCCAUCUUCAUGUCCCAUUUGCUAUGAAGAUCUGGACUUAACAGAUUCUAAUUUUUUGCCAUGCCCUUGUGGAUUCCGACUCUGCCUUUUCUGCCACAAGACGAUCUGCGAUGGAGAAGGGUGUUGCCCAGGUUGCAGAAAUCCAUAUGAAAGGAACACAAUCAAGGUUGAGACAAGUGUUCACGGCGGUGGUCUGACUAUUCGGCUUGCUCGUUCCUCCAGUAUACUUUGCAGGCCAUGA